GCCUGUCACUUCACUCGUGCGCUCGGCUUGCCCGACGCCGGUUGUACGUGAGGUCAGCCAGUCCAGACCGAGCCGGGCAGCGCGCGCACGGCACCCACACCCACCAAGUCACACCGGCUCUCGCUCUCGUUGUAGUAGGUCGCGUCCGUCGACACUGUCGCGUCGCUACUACUUGGCCAUCGGCGGCACCCUGGACCCUUCGCGUUCUGAGUGCCGACGACGACGACUGCAGGCUCCAGGAGGAGUUCACUGUGAGAUGGACGCGAUGAAGGCGCCCGCGGCGCUGGCCCUGGCGCUGCUCGCGCUGGCCUGCUGCGCGCCACCCUCCGCUGCCUUCCCGCGACCCGGCGAGGAUGCCGCCAUGGUCGUCACCUCCACGACAUCGACGCCCUCGCUCGUGCCCGCACCUGUGACGCCGGCAACGACAACCGGAGGCGAUUCGUCCUCUACUGAGGCACAACAGCAACUAAAGCCGACAUCGCCGCCCGCGCCACAAGUGCGCAGUCUCCACGUCAACUCUACGGUGCAGUACCGGUAUGCGCACACUGUGGUGUCAAGCCGGGUGGCCAACCCCGCCAACCUUAGUCAGGAGGUUACCUUCUCAGUUGUUUUGCCCGAAACCGCCUUCAUCUCGUCCUUCGCCAUGGAAGUGGACGGGAAGAUCUACAAGGCUUACGUUAAGGAGAAGAAGGAGGCCAAGCAGACCUACGAUGCGGCCGUGGCAGCCGGGCAGUCUGCAGCACACGUUGCGGUGAGCGCGCGAGAUUCAAACUCGUUCACCGUAUCGCUGAACGUCGAGGCACAGAACAAAGUGUCUUUCAAUCUAACCUACGAGGAGCUGCUCACACGGAAGUUGGGCCUCUAUGACCACGUCAUCACCCUCAAUCCUGGACAGGUUGUGCAAGACUUGCAAGUCCUUGUCCACAUCAAAGAGAACAAAAAUAUUACAAAGCUGCGUGUGCCAGAGUUCACUUCCGGAAACAAGAUUGACACCGAUUUGCAGGAGUGCGACGAUAUAACGCAAGCCAGUCCUACCAAGUGCGCUUCGGGUAACAAUUUGGCCACCAUCACGUGGAAGUCGCCGACUGACGUCGAGGUCCUUUUCCGUCCUUCGGAGGCCGAGCAGGAGGAGAUCAGAACCCGGCUGGAGGAGAAGAAGAGAAAGGCACUGGAGGAGGCUGGGGGCGGCCUGGGGCGUCGCCACAACGCCAUGCUGUGGUCCGACGUGUUCCAGCCCUCGGACGACGACUCUCGCGGCGACAAGAAGCAGGACCACGGCCUCAAUGGCCAAUUCAGCAUCCAGUACGACGUGGACCGCGACGCAAACGGUGGCGAGGUGGUGGUCAACGACGGCUACUUUGUGCACUUUUUCUCGCCGACGGAUCUGAAGCCCCUUAAGAAGCACGCCAUCUUCGUUCUGGAUGUCAGCGGCUCCAUGGACGGUCGCAAAAUCGAGCAGCUCCGCGAGGCCAUGAUGUCGAUUCUGAACGACCUCAAGGAUGGCGACUACUUCAACCUCAUAUCAUUCUCCAGUGACGUCAAGGUGUGGAACUUGGACAAACCUGACAAGAGUGCACUGUACGGCACCAGCGAGGGCGUCUACUACGGCCCCGAGGCGGCCACGACCACAGAGGCGCCGCAGGAGCGCCCGCCCGCCUACCGCGCCAACAAGGAGAACAUCGAGAAGGCCAAGGAGGUCGUCAAGCAGCUCUCUGCGUACGGCGGCACCAACAUCAACGACGCCCUGAAGACCGCGCUGGACUGCGCGCGCGACGGCGCCCGCUCCGCCGCCAUGUCUGACGGCGACCAGACCCUCGAGCCCAUCGUCUUGUUCUUGACCGACGGCGACCCGACGGUCGGACUGACGGUGCCCACUAGGAUCACGUCGGGCAUCAGCGAGCUCAACCUCAAGCCGCGCUCCGCCGUCUUCAGCCUGGCGUUCGGCGAGGAGGCGGACAUCCGGUUCCUGCGCAAGCUGUCCCUCGCCAACGGGGGCUUCGCGCGCACCAUCUACGAGGCGGCCGACGCGUCCCUGCAGCUCAAGAACUUCUACCGACAGAUCUCGUCGCCGCUGCUGGCCAACGUGUCCUUCCAGUACAUCCCGGACAAGGUGGAGCGCGACUCGAUGACGCAGCUGCAGUUCCGCACGCUGUUCGACGGCACCGAGCUGGUGGUGGCGGGCCGCACGGCGGACAAGGGCAUCCAGGAGGUUGGCGGCAGCAUCAAGGCCGUGGCCGACGGCGGCAAGCAGGCCACCUACAGCCCUCACGUUGUAAUGAUCGACGAACCCCUCACCAUCUACCCGUUCGACUCUGAGGGCCCUCUGUUCAACACUACGGUGCAUCAGUCGCCCAAGCACGUGUCCGUGCUAGAGCGGCUCUGGGCCUACCUCACCAUAAAGCAGCUGCUCGACGAGCAGGACGCCCUGGACGCCAAGACCUUCAAGGAGGAGGUGGUGGAGCCCCCCACCCGAGUGCGGCCAGCCGGGCCGCCUCCGCCACCGCCGAUGGCAUUGCCGUCCAUGACAGUCUCGGUGGCCCCGAGCUCCACCGACGCACCCCUCACGACUUCCACGGCGACUUCGGGCAGCGAACCCAACGUUGCGGACCUGGACGGCCUGGACCUGAGCGUCCUAAAGCGCGAGCCCAAGCAAAAGGCCCUGGAACUUGCCCUUAAGUACUCUUUCGUGACUCCCCUGACGUCCCUGGUCGUCGUCAAACCCAAUGAGACGAAGACGACCGACGCCCAGACUGUUAAUCCGGAUGCGGUAGCAGCGGCAAGUCUUCAAGGAGGCUUUGUGGACCGCAUCAGCGGCGGGGGCGGUCACUACGCUGCCGCCAUCGUGGGUGCCCCUCCUCCAGGAUUCGCCGGACCUGUGUCCGCGUUCUCCAGACCCAUCAGCGCCGCCGCCUGGGGGGGACAACCCGGACUACCCGACCUGGGCGGCCCGCUAAUGCUCGCGCGCCCGCCGCCGCCGCCCCCACACGGCGGCCCCACGGACCCGGCCGCGGGGCUGGCCCAGCUGGGCGCGGACGAGCGCGACCCCGUGAGCCACAAGCUCACCACGACCACCCCAAAGCCCACACCUAAUUUGCUUGUUAAUAUAUCUGAUGUGAAAUGGCUACCCAGUGACGCACUUCAGAAAGGUGUUCUUCCACUGAAGAUAAAUGGAACAGAGAAAAACUACAAAGUUAGCAAUGAGACUGAGCUAAGCCCCACACAAAAUUGUGUGCUACCAGGAGAUGGGUCCACAUCAGGUGUUUGCAGACACUUUGCAAAUUGUGUUCUUGAGCAAGUUGUUCAGAGAAUAGAAGAUUUUGUCAAAUACCAGUGUUCAAUGGGAGACUACCUGGCCAUAUGCUGUCCACCAGAUGCUAUACGAACAAAUUCCAGCCAGACAACAGCAUCACCCCAACCAUAAUUUAAAAUCAGCUUUUUAUAUUAAGUGGUUCUGUUACAGUAUAAUAAUUGACAGUAGAAACAUCAGUAUACAUAAUUUUUAUUUCUUGACAGAGGAGCUUCUCUGUGAUAUCCGAUAACAAUUCCAUUUUAAAAUGUAUUAAAGACUAACUUGAUAGUAAUUGUGAUGAUUCAUAGGAACAAUAAAUCCAAACAUAUGAAAAUAUAA